AUGUUGGAGGUGAAAGAUCCUGUCCAGGAACAGAGAUCAGCAAGAGACAUCUGGAACACUGAAGCAAUUGGAAGGCUUUGUGAAAAAUGUGACGGGAAGUGCGUGAUCUGCGACUCCUACGUGCGGCCCUGCACCCUGGUGCGCAUCUGCGACGAGUGCAACUACGGCUCCUACCAGGGGCGCUGCGUCAUCUGCGGGGGUCCCGGCGUCUCUGACGCCUACUACUGCAAGGAGUGCACCAUCCAGGAAAAAGAUAGAGAUGGUUGCCCUAAGAUCGUCAACCUGGGCAGUUCCAAGACAGAUCUCUUCUAUGAACGGAAAAAAUACGGCUUCAAGAAGAGGUGAUCCUAUCUGUACAUGGCUAUACCUCCUGUUGGGUUGGCAAGAGGGUCUUGGAACAUCUCUGGACUUUACUAUUAUUGAAAACUGGUUGAUUAUCUUUUUUUGAAAGCAGUAC